CACACCUUGAUGCGCAGGGAUGGAGAAGUGGCGGCAGGACCGGCUGGGCAGCUUCGGCGGGCAGGUGAGACGAUGGUGGUGCACGGAAGGCCCCAACCCCGCAGAAGGCAAGGAGCUCUGGGCACAGUCCAGGAGGUUCUCCCUGCCAGCUGGGGCCUUGGGGAACCCACCAGGACCCCCCUUCGCCGGUCCUGCCGGGGACGAGAACAACAAAUGGUGGUGUAUCCAGGACAGCGUCAAAGUCUUACGGCUGACCCUUCAGAAUGACCUUCCGGGGGACCGGCCAGACCAAGUUAAGCCAAAGCCGGUGGGGAGAGCCUUCGCCAUGGUGGCCAACCGACCCACGAGCAGCCACGGCCUGGCGUCCGAGUUCGUCAAGUCUAACGAGGGGGACGAGGAGAUAAUUAAGGUGUACCUAAAAGCCCGGGCAGAAGACAGGGCGAAGCACGAAAACGGCUCCUCUCCGUUGACAAACGACAACUGUCACCCGGAGUUUCCCCCCAAUAAGUCAAACGGCUUCCAGCCUCUUCGGACAGUGACGUACCGCACCGUAUCCAUAAGCCAGGACGAACCCACCUACCCCACCGAGGACAGUUCUGUCAUGCGCGAGACGACCAAGAGACUCUUUUCAAAACUUCAGGAGGCCGAGAAGAGGCAUCAGUCCGACCGCGCGGCCUAUGAGACGUCCAUCUCGCAUUAUCGGAGGGAAGCGGAACAUUCAGGGAUCGCCCUCCGGAAAGCCGAAACAGAACUGGAAAUGAAGGACCUUAAAUUGGAAGAAUUGCAACGGCUCCUCACCGGCAUGGAAAAGGAGCACCAGAUCCUCUUGCAGAAAGUGCGAGACGGCGAAAUGCAGCUGGAAGACCUGCGGAGCUCGGAGAAGGACAAGGCAGCCGAGCAGGAAAGGUCGGCCAAGUUAGAGAAGGAGGUGGCCGGUCUCCGUGAGAAGAUCCACCACCUGGACGACAUGCUGAAGAGUCAACAGCGGAAAGUCCGGCAGAUGAUCGAGCAGCUGCAGAACUCCAAGACGGUGAUCCAGUCGAAGGAUGCCAUCAUUCACGAGCUCAAGGAGCGGGUAGCGUAUCUGGAAGCCGAGAACCUGGAAAUGCACGACCGCAUGGAACACCUGAUCGAAAAGCAGGCCAGCCCCGGGACCUUCCACAGCCGCAUCCGGUCCAAGUCGGAGACGGUCAGCAGCAAAAGGUUCACCAAGCCUCCGGGACCGAAACCUUUGCCCCUCAUCCGAGUCUUGGAGACAUGAAGGGGAUUCGCGACUUUUGCCUGGGAAGAUCGCGCCAACCGCAGACCCGCUGGAUGUCGGCCGCUGCCUCUCGUUUUAUCGCUUCGUCCACCCCCAUGUUCCUCACCCGCUCCUAUGCCAAGGGAGGGUGUUGGCACAAGCAGGAAGGCCUCCCGCAGGCCCUAAAAGCCGGGAAUUUUACCGGAUCGAAGAGAAAAACGAGUGACUGCAGAAGAAGAAAAUAGAGCGAGUGAACAGCGGGCUCAUUUUAGAAAAAGGACAGUGCCUUUUUAAACUUCCCGACCACCCCAAUUUCAUAGCUUUGGUUCUUGUGUAAACUUAUUUUGGGGUAGAGAGAGAGAAGAAGGGGAAAGGAGCAUUAGUGGCUGCUCUUCCAGUGAAUAAAGCUUAAUUUUUUAAAAAAAAUACUUUCCUUCUUCUUUGCCUUUUUGAGCAAGGCUCUUCCCACUGACUCCUUCAUCCUGGAGAAACCCUGAAUCCCUCCCCGAUAUUUUAAAACCCAUUUUGACCCCUCACUCUCUCCCCAAAAUAAAAACACACCAAGCUGGGAUCUCCGUUUGCCCAGGGAGAUUCGAUUCCUGUAAUUUAGAACCCGUUCGUGUGUCUGUACAUAUUUAUCUAUGAAAUAAUAAACGCAAGAAUGGUGUUUAAAAGAAGUGCCUGUUUUUUAGCCCCCCUGUGUCUUAAACCGCCUCACAAUCCUGGUUUGUGUCAAAAAAUAAAAUAAAAAAAGACUUGG